UUUUAAAGGUUUGUUUUACCAACUGUGCUUGAAUGAAAUCGCGGAGCGCCCCGGUGAAUACGAGUGAAUACCGGAAGUGUUUGUUUACGUCUGUAGUCGCAGUUCGUCACACGGGAAUGGCAGACGAAGCUCUAUUUGAGUUUCUCCAUAUGGAGAUGGUAUCACAUGUUUACAGGGAUCACCAAUCUAGCAAAGGGGAUACGGACAAUAAGGACCGAGCUUCCCGUGUUUCUGUCCUGGAGGGAAUGGGCUUCAGAGUGGGACAAGGGCUUAUUGAGAGGUUAACUAGGGACUCUCCCUGCUUCAAGGAUGAGUUGGAUAUAAUGAAAUUUAUUUGUAAAGACUUUUGGACAAAGGUCUUCAGGAGGCAGGUGGACAAUCUCAGAACCAACCAUCAGGGCACCUAUGUAUUACAGGACAAUAAAUUUGCUAUGCUGACACAGCUCUCGAAUGGAAAACAGUAUCUGGAUCAAGCACCCAAGUACCUUGCAUUUUCAUGCGGUGUGGUGAGAGGAGCUUUGUCAAAUCUUGGUCUGGAAAGUGUGGUGACAGCUGAGGUCUCAGUCAUGCCAUCAUGUAAGUUUCAAGUGGUGAUCCAAAAAUUAUGACCUGGGACCACAUCGGAGUUCUUGCACCCUUGUCUUGCAAGUCAAGUUCUGAUGUUCCCAAACAGUAAAGUAACUCCUCUCCCUCUAAUUACCGCACCAACAGAAAGAAUCAAUUGUAGGAGCCAAACAGCCCAAGCCACACAUUGUCAUUGUAUAAUAAAUGUCUGUCACAUGGAUGUAUUUGGAAAUAAAUUCAAAAUACUAAAA